AUGGUGUUGAGCCGCAGUAAGCGUUCAAAUGCAGGCAAAGCCCCUCAGCGGCUCGAUGAGCCUGCGUUGAGUACCCCGGCGCCCCCCUCUACGCAGUUGAAGCGCUCGAAAAAGGCUGCACAGCCUGCGAAACGCCUAGUGCUCUCGAUGAAAAAACCGCAGGCUGCUCAAUCCUCCUCCUCCUCCUCUGUUAUUUCUGUCUCUCUCCAUCAAGAGAAGGCUAUCUCUCUUGCCUCAGAGAGUCUAGAGCCUUUAUUAAGUGACGACGAUGGCUCUAUAGCUCAGCAGGAGGAGCAGGAGGAUAAGAAGGAGCAAGAGGAACAGGAGGAGGCAGAGGAGGAGGAGGAAGAGGAGGAGGAGGUAGAGGAGGCGGAGGAGAAGGAGAUUAGUUUUCAGCCUUAUACUAUUGAGUUGAGCGUUGUUUUAGGUAAAAAAGCUAUCUAUAAUAGCUUUAUUAAGUUGACAAAGCUCAAUUUUGAGCAUUUUAAGCAAGAUGCUUAUUAA